AUGAAACUCUUAACAGCCGUUUUUCUUCUUUUUUGCGCCAUCCUUUGUGACCCUGCGUUGGGAGAUAAUGUAAAUGGGUUAGGUGGACCCCCCAGCAAGAAAAAAACCCCCAAGAGCAAAUCCCCAGAACCUCUCAUCGAUGUGCACGAGUUGAUAGGCGAAAUGGUUAGAAAAGAAGAGGAACUCAUAAACGCGAAUAAGAAGAAAUCCAAGUAUAAACUGGCAACAACGAUUCUUGCUUCAGCCCUAGGUGUUGUAUCAGCAGUGCUCUUAGGAGGUGCCGGAUUAGUCUUUUAUAAUGCCGGAAACGGAAGACACCCAUUCUCCCUUGGAGGUGGAAAGGGCGGCGAUGCUACUCCCUCUGAACCAGCCCCAGCUGCAGGGGAACCAGUAGGAAAAUAA